AUGCUAUUAUAUAUUUAUGGGUACAUAAUUGAUUUUAUAAUAUUUCAAAAAAUUAAUGGUCAACUAUAUAAAUUUAGAUCAGCUGGAUAUAAUGGAACAAUAAAUAAUAAUGAAAUUAUCAAUUAUGCAUUGGUUUGUAAGAGUUGGUUCAAAAUGACUAGAUUAUCGUUAGAAUUAAGUUUAACCUAUUUAUGUUUUGACUUUUUUAAACCUUUAAUGGCAAACAAUAUCAAUAAUAGUCAGUUCAAAAUAAUAAAAAAUCCAAAUUUUAGAUUAUUUCAUUCAUAUAAAGAUUACUACGAAUUUGUUAAUAAUAAUGAUGAUUUUAAUAAUAGUAAUAAUAAUAAUUUAAAGGUUUUAAUAAAUAUUGAAGGACCAAUUGAAGAUUUUAAUCCUUAUAUAGACUAUCCAAAUAUUAAAUUUCAAGAUAAUGUCGAAUUUGAUUUCAAAAUUAAUUAUGGAGUUAAAGAUGUUUUAAAUAAAAUCAAUAAUUUAAAAAUCAAUAAAAUCGCACUGGUUGGAAUGUUACCAGCAAAUUUUUUGACACAUAGAAAAGAUAGAAUGGAUAUAGUUAAAAAACUUUUACCAAAAAGGGUAGAAUAUAGAGAAUCAUUUUCACACACAGAUUACACCAAUAUAUUUGAAAUGGAAUCUCUUCAAUUUAUCGAGAUUAUAGGUGGGGAUCAUGUAGAGCCAAAAACAUUAGCAAGAAUCAACAACGAAAAGACAAAGCUAGAAACUGCGAAUAUUCCCAUAUAUUUUCACGAUAUUAUUAGGGCAGUUAAUGAGGUAGAGUUACCAACUACAAAUAUCUAUACAAAGAAGAUAUGUAGAAACCUUUGUCAAAAUAUCGAAUUCCCCAGCCACAUUAGAAAUCAAGUAAAGAAUGAUUUUGUAAUGAUGAUCAAUACACUAAGUGAAAAUAGAACUAUCAAAUGCUUAUUUCUAAUAAAUAUCUGUUACAAGGGCGAAUGCAAUAUUGAUAACCUGGACUACUCUUUUGUUACAAACUCAUUAAAAUCACUAAUAUUAAAUAAUAGAACAAUCAAAGAUCUUGGUCUUCAUUAUUUCGAUUUUAUGGAUAAUAAUAUAAUUUCAGCACUCAAAGAAACAAGAACACUCAGAACUUUAACAAUAGUGCCAAUUAAAACCAAACUACUCGAAUCAAUAACAACUAUUAUAGAGCAAAUUGUGUCCCACAACAAAUCGAUCAGAGAUUUAAAUUUUUUUAAUUUAGAUUGGACUGAAGUUGAAGAUUUGUAUAAAAUAGUCGAAAUUUUCAAAAACAAUUCAAAAUCGAUUCAAUUAUAUUCAGUGGUAUUUUUAUUUAGAAAAUAUACAGCCGAUUCAAGUUUCGCACAUUUUGAACUAUUCAAAGAUAUCUCAAAUAAAUUAUUUGAUCUUCAUUUAAAUAUAUACGAAAUUAAUAUUUACUCUUUGUUUGAAGGUAGAAAAAUACAAUUUCAAAUUUUAAAUAAUAAAAUAUUUAUUUACAAAUAA